UCUCAUAAGUUGAGUGCUGAGGUGAUACCUGCAUUAAUACGAUUGUGUUCACAUCACCAUCACCAUCAUCAUCAUCACCAUCAACACCAUGUCCUCUCGUUCUCUCCUGCUGGUUCUGCUGGUUCUCUUCUACCUUCAGUUCUUCACAACUGCCCAGAAUGCAGUUGGACCGGAUAAAUGCUGUUUCAGUUACCAGACACAUCGAAUCCCUGUAAAAGUCAUUACAGGAUAUAAAGAAACAGACCAGCGUUGUACAAAACCCGGAGUCAUUUUCACGCUAAAGAGCGGUCGCAAUGUCUGUGCAGAUCCCAGCGUUGAGUGGGUGCAGAACAUCAUGAAAAAAAUUAAUGAGCGCCUGUUUAGAAGCUGGGUCCAACCUGAAGGUGGGUAA